AUGCCCUCUCUCCUGUUGCUGGAAGCCAUCUGUAUUUUCUUAUUUACCACAGCGCCUGAGUCCUUCCCUCUUCAGGAAGUCCAUGUCAGCAGGGAGACCAUUGGGAAGAUCUCAGCUGCCAGCAAAAUGAUGCAGUGCUCGGCUGCGCUGGAUGUCCUAUUUCUGCUGGAUGGCUCUCACAGCGUCGGGAAAAGGAGCUUUGAGAGGGCCAAGCACUUUGCCAUCACAGUGUGUGAUGCGCUGGACAUCAGCCUCGAGAGGGUCCGAGUGGGAGCAUUCCAGUUCAGUUCUACCCCUCGUCUGGAAUUUCCCUUGGAUUCUUUGUCCACCCGACAGGAAGUGAAGGCGAAAAUCAAGCGGAUGGUUUUCAAAGGUGGAAGCACAGAGACGGGCCUGGCUUUGAAACACCUUCUGCGCAAAGGGUUCCCAGGGGGCAGGAAUGAGUCAGUGCCCCAGCUUCUUGUCGUAGUCACUGAUGGGAAGUCCCAGGGGCACGUUGCUCUGCCGGCCAAGCAGCUGAAGGAGAGGGGCAUCACUGUGUUUGCCGUGGGCGUCCAGUUUCCCAGGUGGGAGGAGCUGCAGACGCUGGCCAGCGAGCCCCAGGACCGGCAUGUGCUGUUUGCAGAGCAGGUGGAGGACGCCACCAACGGCCUCCUCAGCACCCUCGGCAGUGCCGCUGUAUGCACCGUGGCUCUACCAGACUGCCAGGUGGAGCCCCACCCCUGUGAACGUAAGGUGCUGGAGACGGUCAGUGAGCAUGACAGCAACGCUCUGUGCUGGAGAGGCUGGCCCCGGACCAAUGCUGUGCUGGCCUCGCGCUGUCCCUUCCACAGGUGGAGGAGAGUGUUCUUGAGCCACCGUGCCACCUGCUACAGGACCACCUGCCCAGGGCCCUGUGAUGCUGAGCCCUGCCAGAACGGAGGCAUGUGUGUUCCGGAAGGUCCUCACGAGUACCACUGCGUCUGCCCGCUGGCCUUUGUAGGAGAAGCCAACUGUGCUCCGAAACUCAGCCUGGAGUGCAGAAUCGAUGUCCUGUUUCUGCUGGACACCUCGGCGGGCACCACUUGGACAGGCUUUUUGCGGGCGAGAGCCUUCGUCAGGCGGUUUGUGCAGACUGUGCUGGACGAGGACUCUCGGGCCCGCGUGGGUGUGGCCCACUACAGCCGGGAGGUGGUGGUGGCGGUGCCCGUGGGGGAGUACCAGGAUGUGCCUGACCUGGUGCGGAGGCUUGAUGACAUCCCCUUCAGUGGAGGCCCCACCCUGACAGGCAGCGCCUUGCGGCAGGUGGCAGAGCAUGGUUUUGGGAGUGUGGCCAGGACAGGCCAGGACCGUCCACGCAGAGUGGUUGUCCUGCUCACCAACGCACGGUCCCAGGAUGAGGUGGCCGGUGUGGCGUUCCAGGCACAGGCUCGAGAGCUACUCCUGCUUGGCGUGGGCAGCGAGGCUGUGCGGGAGGAGCUGGAGGAAAUCACGGGCAGCCCGAAGCACGUGGUGGUCUACGCUGACCCCCAGGACCUGUUCCAGAAGAUCCCCGAGCUGCAGAGGAUGCUCUGCAGCCAACAGCGUCCAGGCUGCCAGGCCCAGUCGUUGGACCUGGUUUUCAUGUUGGAUGCUUCAGCCUCCGUGGGGCCAGAGAACUUCGCUCAGGUGCAGAGCUUCGUGAGAAACAGCGUCCUCCACUUCGAUGUGAACCCCGAUGUGACACAGCUUGGCCUGGUGGUGUAUGGCGGCUUGGUCCAGACAGCCUUCGGACUGGACACGCAUCCCACCCGUGCUGCUGUGCUGCGGGCCGUGAGCCAGGCCCCCUACCUGGGUGGGGUGGGCUCGGCUGGCAUGGCCCUGCUGCACAUCCAUGACAAGGUGAUGACCAUCCAGAGAGGUGCCCGGCCAGGGGUGCCCAAGGCCGUGGUGGUGCUCACCGGUGGGCGGGGUGCCGAGGAUGCAGCCGUCCCUGCCCAGAAGCUGAGGAACAACGGCGUCUCCGUGUUGGUGGUGGGCGUGGGGCCCGUCCUGAGGGAGGCUUUGCGGAGGCUUGCUGGCCCCAGAGAUGCCCUGAUCCAUGUGGCGGCUUACGGAGACCUGCGAUACCAUCAGGACGUGCUUAUCGACUGGAUCUGUGGAGAGGCCAAGCGGCCAGUCAACCUGUGCAAGCCCAACCCGUGUAUGAACGAGGGUGCCUGCGUCCUGCAGAAUGGCAGCUAUCGCUGUGCGUGCCAUGAGGGCUGGGAUGGCCCCCACUGUGGGAACCGACUCUUGAGAGGCGAUGCCCUCAGGACCUGGGGCUCCCACCAGGAACAGGCAGAAAGGCAGCAGCUGCCGUCCCCACCACCUGGGCACCUUGAGCACUGA